ACACUCAGAUCAGGAAGUGCUGUCUUAAGUUGUGUGCUAGUCGGUGGAAUUGGCUGUUUGAUGUGAGGAUGUGUGUGUGCAGGAGUAUGUAUGUCGAUGCAUGUUAAUAAAGAAUCUAAUGACUUUGGUCUGCUGACACCCUGAACACCACCGAAUGGGCCCUAACAUACAAGUGCAUCAUGGGCUCCAGGAUAAAAGAAAACCCUGAAAAAACGUUCUACUGGUUCUUUCAAGCCUCAUGUCCAAUCGCCAGAGAUAAAGAUCCUGAUGUGCCGUUUCAGUUCCCUGAAGACUUUAAUGAUGAGGAGGCUCUGCAGUCCUUGCCUCGCUUCUGCUUCCCUUACGACAUAGAGAGGGUGAAGGACACUGUUGCCGUGCAGCACUUCACAUUCGUCUUGACCGAUCUGGAAGGAUGCCAGCGCUUCGGUUUCUGCAGACUCACGUCCAGCUCUCAGACCUGCUUGUGCAUCCUCAGUUAUUUGCCCUGGUUUGAGGUCUUCUACAAACUUCUGAAUAAUCUGGCUGACUACUCAACGAAAGGACAGACCAACGAGAUGAAAGAGCUGCUGUCGGUUCUCUACAAGCACCCCGUGCCUCCGGCCAAUGGCUCCAUCACAGUGCAGAUGAUCCCGUACUUUAUCGCACCAGAUCCCAAAGCCUUGCCCUCUAUUCCAGAGAGUAGGAACCUGACGGAGCUGGUGGUGGCGGUGGACGUGGGUAACCUGUUGCAGCUCUUCGCCAGCAUGUUGUUCGAGAGGCGGAUCCUCAUUUACUGCAGCAAACUCAGCACUUUAACGGCCUGCAUACACGCGUGUAAUGGGAUGCUGUACCCAAUGUACUGGCAGCACAUCUUCAUUCCAGUGCUGCCGCCUCAUCUGCUGGACUACUGCUGCGCACCAAUGCCGUACCUUAUUGGAAUUCACUCCAGCCUGGCAGAGAGAGUGAGGAGUCGAGCUCUGGAGGACGUGGUCAUACUGAACGUGGACACCAACACCCUGGAGUCACCCCACGAGGACCUGAAAAAGAUUCCGGCUGACGUGGUGGCGGGACUGAAGGUCAGGCUGAAGAGACAGGCGGCGUCGGCCGGGUCAGGGGUAGCGCACGCUUUCCUCCGAGCGCAGACUCUGCUGUUCGGAGGAUACAGAGACGCCUUACAGUCGCCUGCCGAAGGGCCGGUCGUGUUCUCCAAUGAGUUGUUUCUGAGUCAUAAGUCUCAAAGCAUGCGGGAGUUUCUGGAGAGCGCGGUUCACCUGCAGUGUUUCAAAGAGUUUAUUGACGGCCGGCUGAAAAUGCUGAACCAGGGCAAAGAGCCGGAUGAUGUGUUUGAGGAGGAGGUGCUUCAUUGUGGAGCUUCAUCUGGUAGCUCUAAAUUGCGUCGGCAAUGGGUGGGAAACUUAAAGAAAGGGGGUGGAGCCCUGAUCGUGACAUGGAAGUCUACAGCUAACAAAGCAACCAAAUAUCAUAGCAAAUUUGGGCUGAAAAACCUCCUGUCAUCAAAGGACCAAACGGAACCUCAUAUGCUACAGAGGGGCGGGUCUGUGUGUGGAACGCACACGUAUCGCCUCAUCCAAUCGGAUUGCCUUCAGAACCGUCUACCAAUCACACAGCACUUUGGCAGGUCUCGACCACAGCGGCCAACACACAAGAGUGACAGGCACCAGGACAAUGAGCAACAGACAGAGGACGACAACACCAGCUAUGAAGACAGUGUAACAGAAGGUCCUGAGCAGUGCUCUGCCACCAGCGACUUACAGGAAGACGAUGAUCUUUCUCUGUUGGCCGACCCAGAGGAGAUGGACCUGCUCGGAGAGAUCUUCGACACGCUGAGUGCCCAGAGCUCCAGAGAGCCGGGUUUACUGUACAGCACACGUAGCCUCGACCUCUUCAGCUCCGACAGCAGUGAAUUCAUCUCGCAUAGGAGUCUGACUAACCCAAGUCAGGAGAGUCUAAGCCCCUCUUUUGGAAACAGCGGCAGUCUCAUGAGCUGGGAGGAGGAGCUAGAGGAGGGGCCUGGUGGUGAGGGGGAGGAGCCUGCUGUCCUGACUGACAGGCCAGAAAAUGAGCUUAAUGAAUUAGAGAAGGACUUGACCGAGCUAGGGGUAAAUCUGUGUUCAGAUCUACAAGUUCUAGAAGAUGCUUCACUGGAUCCCAAAGUGGGUUCUCAAGAGGUGCAAGAGGAGAACUGGUCGAAAAAUGAUGGACAAAUGAACGGAACAAUGGAGGAAAGCUUGGAAACCGAGACAGUACUUGAAGAGAGUACAGAGAUGCAAUCUGACAAAGAAGAAGAACUUCAGAAAGAGCAUAAGAUGACAAAUGACUUGGGCUCAAAGGGACCUACAAAUGAAGGAAUCACCUCAGCUGUUUCUCUCAAUGUAAAGAUAGACACAAGAGAAGAGCCAGAUAAGAAGAGCAUUGAACCUCCAUCACCGAACGUCUUGUCUAGCGUAGCUCUGUUCCAGUCCAAGUCCUUGACUGACUCUUCUGGUUCCCGAGGGUGGGAUAAAUCUCUAAAAUCUCCUAUCAGCACCCACAAAAUCAAUGUGACGGGGCUGCAGACUGAAGAACAAAGUACGAAAUCACCCAUUUCAUCAACUUCAGAAGAACAAACCCAGGCCCACAUUAAGGUCUCAGAGCUGAAGAAGAGAUUUGAACAUUAGACCAUCAUAAAUCAAGCAUAUUGAAGCAAAACAAUACUCAAGAACUAAAAAUGACUUGUUUUAGAUUGUCAAUUACAAGUCUACAUGAAACAACACUUGCCCCCCAUUUUGAAUCUUGUGAAGCAACAUUGCUGAGUCAAAGGAGAUAAAAUUAUCCAUUGGGUUUUUAUUGGAUUGUGGAAGGUUGGCGUUCCAUACUGAACUUUGUGUUUGUGGAAGGAUAUUUUUCUCAUGUAUAUGUUGGUUAAAACUCAACACUGACAUCAGUCAAUAAAGUCGAUUCAAAGGCAGUGCAAGUAUUACAAUUUUUAUUAUAUAUUAUUUUUGGAAUAAUGUACCCUGAACGUGCAUUAAAGUAAAUCAAGUCGAUUUUAACUUUCGCUGUAACUAAAUACAGCAUGUUAUCAAAUUGAACUGAUAAAACCACCAAU